ACAAAGGGCUCCAUGACGGGUUUUAAUAGAACCAAGCAGCCAAGAAAACUCCAGUCUGGGUUUUGCGUUUCGCGCCAAAUUGAAAGGCCGAGCUCUCGUCUCUUCCUUUUCUUUGUGUACGACUUGUGCACGUUCCUGGACGGGCGUGCAAAAGGAGUUCGAAGUGAGUUGCGUUAUUUGCGGUCAUAGCAACUUGAUACGGCAACCCAAACAGCUGUACACAUCGUACCGUACACAUCGUACCGCAACCAUGUCCGUCCGCGUAGAGUGUGGAUUUUCAAACGACGAGGUGCUGAAUAUUCGUUACCCUCUCCACCGGGCGUGCAGGGAUGGAGACGUUGGUGCUUUGUGUUCGCUUCUUCAGUGCACAACAAACCUAGCGGACCUCAUCACGGAAGACUCCUUCUAUGGCUGGACUCCCAUUCAUUGGGCAGCACAUGUUGGAAAGUUGGAGUGUGUCAUGCGCCUGGUGCAGGUGGGCUGUGAGGUGAACGCCAUGACGACGAGGUUUGCCCAGACGCCCGCCCACAUCGCGGCUUGAGGCCACCCAGAGUGUGUGCUGUGGCUGUUGCAGGCCGGGGCUGACAUCAACAGACAGGACUAUGUAGGUGAGACCCUCCACAAGGCAGCCCGGGCUGGUAGUAUGGAGUGUGUCAACGCCCUCUUGAUACAGAGUGCUAAACCAGACUUAAGGAACGCUAAUGACCUGACGGCGCAGACUGGCCCACGCCAGGGCUUCUGGGAGUGCGCCCAGCUGCUCUCCAACGCUCAAAACCACCUCAACCAGCUCAAUGGUUUCCAUGCCAACGGGGCGCUAAACGGCCACUGCUCCCUCGGCCAAAGCCGGGGUCUCCUCAAAGGGCUGGCCAAUAGAAAGAGGCUUCUGGACGGCAUGGAGCCCAAUCACAUCAAGAAGGCCAGAACAGACGGUGUGGACUUGCCCACGUGGAUGCAGCAUGGCUGCGGGAGGAGCUGGAGACCAUGUAUAUGGAGUCUGCAGCCCCCGGACCCGUCUCAGCGAAUCAGGAGGCGGAGGAGACCCGGCGGCGUUCAGCCCACGAGAUGUGUGGCUCGCUACACUGACGGGAAGCCCCAGCAGCUGUGUGUCCUACCGGCCUCCUGGGAGUCCAUGGUCCAGCGACCCGGGGACACCCUGCACUACGGACACUACCAUGGCUUCGGGGACACAGCAGAGGACCUGGCUGAGGAGCACAGCAGCUCGGUGCGCGUGGAGCAGCGUUACGACCAGGGUGCUCAGUACCAUGCACUUCUAUCCACGGAUCCUAAAUAG